UUUAAUUCAUCGCAGUUAUAGCACGCAACGACGACAGUUUUUAUUCUGUUCAGCGCAACUAUAUAACAUUUUUGACUGUGUUAAUUACAACCCAAUUAUAAUGUCUAUCUCUCUGGACGAUCUUCCGGUGACUGCAGUUGAGGUUGCCAGACACACACUGCGUGAUCCAGUUUUACAGCAAGUAUCAAAGUUCAUCCGAUUUGGCUGGCCUCCACAUGUUCAUUCAAAUGUUUUAAAACAGUUUUACCAGCGACGCAAAUCCCUAUCCAUCGUUAAUGGAUGCAUAAUGUUUGCUGAUCGUGUUGUCGUUCCAGCUAAUCUUCGUGACCAUGUGCUUCGGCAGCUUCAUAUAUCACAUCCUGGUGUUGGGAGAAUGAAGGCGAUCGCUCGCAGUUAUGUUUACUGGCCCAACAUCGAUGACCAUAUCGAAGACCUCGUUCGCAAGUGUAGUAAAUGUGCUCAAGCAUCAAAGUGUCCACGCAAGACAGAACUAUGUUCCUGGCCACGACCGGACAAACCAUGGUCCCGUGUUCAUGUUGACUUCGCUGGACCGUUCAAUAGUAUGCAUUUCUUAAUAUGUGUCGACGCGUUUUCCAAAUGGCCAGAGAUAUUUCCUAUGCAUUCUGCCACAUCAAUUGCAACAGUGUCCCUCCUACGUCAACUAUUACUGAACGUUUCGUCGACACCUUUAAGCGUGCUUAUGCAAAAGCGAAGGGGGAGGGAACAACAGAAAAAAAUUUUGGAUAAAUUCUUGCUGCAUUAUCGUACGAAUGAAAAAGGACAGUUAUGUGGCAGACACACAGAUCACGCUCUAUCCAGUACCACGCAAAGGUCAACUCGACAAAGAAGAGCUCCGAAACCUUUGCAAAUACAUCCAAAAAGCAAGUCCUACACUCUUUACGGGGGGAGGUGAUAGGAUCCCACAUAUUUUGGUAUUGACUGUUUAAACUUGCAUAAAUGGUAUGUUAUCAUUCUCACACAUUUUGGUAUUGACUGCUAAUUUUGUAUAUUAUCAUUCACACGCAUUUUGGUAGUGACUGUUUUUGUAUAUUGUCAUUCUCACGCAUUUUGGUAGUGACUGCUAAUUUUGUAUAUAUGGUAUAUCAUUCCCACACAUUUUGUUACUGACUGUCAAUGUCGCACAUAUGGCAUAUUAGCAUUUCUCACACACUUUGUUAUUGGCUAUUAAGGUCAAUUAUUUCAAAUGCUGUUAGCUGUCCAUAUUGUUGUAAAAUGUAUAAAUACCAUGGCUUUCUUUAUCGUUGUUGCACCUCAAUACACAGUCACAGUCCAGCCUUUGUCUUUUGAUAUUUGCGUGCUUUACCAAGUCGGAAGGUACGACAAGGAGAUAG